AUGAGUGGCUACGAGGAAAACAGGUACUGGAAGAAUGUGCUGACCAUCGUCCCCAUUGUGGGUGCUGCACUGGCCACCGUCGCCUACGGGUUGCGCCUCUAUUCGCGUCGCUUCACCACGGGCGGGCUGAAGAUCGAGGAUCUGCUGAUGGGCAUUGGCCUGGUGAUUUCCUACUGUGCCACUGCCUUUGUUGUCGAUACGGCCUUUAAUGGGGUUGGAUUGUCCGUCAAAUCGCUGCCUCAUGAUGAGCGACAGCGCAUUCAAUUCGGCUCAUGGAUGAUCCAGAAAUUCUGGGCGCCGUCAAUGGCCUUUAUCAAAAUCUCCAUUAUUCUCUUCCUCAAACGACUCCUGGGAACCCUCCGUCCGUAUACCAUCAUCUCCUACUGCCUCAUCGUCUUCAUCACGCUCUGGGCCAUUGCCGCGUUACUGGUCAACAUCUUCCAAUGCAAGCCGGUGCAAUACUAUUACAAUAAGGAUAUCGCGGGCCACUGCAUGCCGGGGCAGCGCCAGUUCUUCCAGGCCAUGGGUUCGAUUGCGCUGGUCGAGGACGUCAUUGUGCUGUGUCUGCCCAUUCCGGUGGUGUGGAAGCUGCAGAUCACGUCUCGCCAGAAGAUCGCCAUUACUAUCGUCUUCUCGCUGGGUGGGCUGGUCUGCAUCUUCAGUCUGAUGCGUCUGAUUGAGUUCCGCAAUUUCGUCGUGACCGAUCUGGCCUCAUCGAGCGCCAAAGAAUCCGUCUGGACGUGCCUGGAAAUCGACAUUGCCAUCAUCUGCGGCUCUCUCCCUCUGAUGAAACCGCUCCUGGCCGGUUUCCUGGGCAAAGUCAAGAGUGUCUCCAAAGGUCGAUCCCAUCCGUCGUCGGGGAGCAAGCUCUACUUCCACACGACCAACACGCACAACGACGGUUUCCAGAAAAUGACCGAUCCGUCGUUAUCGCAGCAGUCGAAGAGUCCGCCGAUGAUGGCUGGUUCAAAUCGACGGAGCUCUGAUCUGGAGAUGCAGAAUAUCUCAGUGCAUACCACAAUUCAGCAGGAUGUGGACAGUCGAUCGGACUUGGGGUCUAAUGCCGGGGAGGCAGUGUCAGGGCGAGCAUUUCCACGAUAGUAAUGAUCAUGAUAUAUAGAAGAUAAUAGCAUAAACGUCUACAAGUCAGACACGGUUCGCACAA